AUGACUUAUCCAGAUCAAAGAACUAAUCAGGAGUGGCAGGCUGUGCUCAACAAGGAACAAUUCAGAAUCCUCCGACAAAAAGGCACCGAAGCUCCAGGUACAGGUGAAUACGAUAAACAUAUGCCCGAUUCGGGUGUCUACACAUGCGCUGGUUGCAAUGCGCCACUCUACAAAGCCAAUCACAAAUUCAAGUCUGGCUGUGGCUGGCCAGCAUAUUAUGACUCCAUCCCUGGCGCAGUCACGAGACAUACAGACAGCACUUUCGGCAUGCAGAGGACAGAGAUUGUCUGUAGCAACUGUGGGGGCCACCUCGGUCAUGUCUUCAAAGGAGAGGGCUAUAAUACACCAACAGAUGAGAGGCACUGCGUCAACAGCAUCAGCUUGAAAUUUUCUAAGGAUGACCCAGUAGAUGAUGGGAGCAAGGCUAAAGUUUAG